CUGAACAUCUUCCCCUGCGCAAUUUUUGCUGCGCGACUCCCACUGUGAAGAAAAUUUUAAAAAAGAGAGAUGAGAGAAACCAUCCAUUUUCUCUCCAAAAACGAACACAACACAAAAAUUAUUUUUACCUCAGACCCUCUUUUCAUCUUUUUUUCAUUUCUCAUCAUUAUUUUCUUUUUUUUUGUAUUUUUCUCAUUCCUUAUAGUCUCUCUAGACUUUUUUGCCAAAAGCUCAGAAUGUCAUCGUCCUUCUAUGGGUCAUCAAUUUUUGCAAGAAUGGGUAGAUGGCGGCAAUUUUUUAGGGAAGGGAGAGUAUGUAAUGUCCACUGCGCAGAAGCAAAAAACCAAACAAUCGAUUUGUAAUCCAAUUUCUUAA